CCCCCCGAACGCAAGAUAUCCGUCUGGAUUGGAGGGUCGAUUCUAGCCUCUCAUAGCACGUUCCAGAGCAUAUGAUGCUCCAAACAGGAAUACGACAAGUCAGGUCCUGGCGCCGUUCACCGCAGUAUGUGUCUUUCACCCAUGUUCAUCGCACCCACCCACGAACGACAAGCGCCAACGGAUGACUGA